GCGGGGAGCGGUGCCGGAAGUAGUCGGGGAGGGCCGCGCAGUCGGACCGGCUGCUGAGACGAACGCUUCACUGGGGCAGUCUCCGCAUAUCAUGGGGAGAUAGACGCUGCUGCCUUUAAUUGGCCUUGGUCCUCACAGCUCCAAAAAGAAACAGGAUCUUGAUAAGCUCUAUGAGCUGAAGUCCAAAGCUCGGCAGAUUAUGAACCAGUUUGGCCCCUCAGCCCUAAUCAACCUCUCCAAUUUCUCAUCCAUAAAACCGGAACCAGCCAGCACCCCUCCACAAGGCUCCAUGGCCAAUAGUACUACAGUGGUAAAGAUACCAGGCACUCCUGGGACAGGAGGUCGUCUUAGCCCUGAAAACAAUCAGGUAUUGACCAAGAAGAAAUUACAGGACUUAGUAAGAGAAGUGGAUCCUAAUGAGCAGUUGGAUGAAGAUGUGGAGGAGAUGCUGCUGCAGAUUGCUGAUGAUUUUAUCGAGAGUGUGGUGACAGCAGCCUGUCAGCUUGCGCGGCAUCGCAAGUCCAGCACCCUGGAGGUGAAAGAUGUCCAGCUGCAUUUAGAGCGCCAGUGGAACAUGUGGAUCCCAGGAUUUGGCUCUGAAGAAAUCCGACCCUACAAAAAAGCUUGCACCACAGAAGCUCACAAACAGAGAAUGGCAUUGAUCCGGAAAACAACCAAGAAAUAACACACGGAAAGGUCAGGGAAUGGACAGCAAUGUAUUUGGAGAUACUUGAGCUGAGAACUCAGCCAUCUCAUCCUUGGAUUUUUUUUUUUAAUGCUUUACAGAGAAGCAUAUAUUUUUUAUUAACAGUGCAGCAAUAUCUAUAAUGACCGAGAGGAUCUGCCAAAAGAAUAAAGCCUCCUACCCCAACUUCCGGUCCCUUUUCCCUGCCAUCUCAAAGAGGAGCAAUGUAUCUUCCAGAGAAGAUUUUAUUUGUGGUUUAUUAUAUAAGUGACUGAAUAUGGGAUAAAGCAUUAUGGUCUUUUUGGGUAAGACAGUAUUAGCAGGAUUUGUAAAGGGUUUUGUUUCCUUCUCCCUUCCCCUUUUCCCUGUACUUUGUAAUGUCAGUGUUUAUAUGAAUAUGACUUUCAUUUGCUUUUCCAGAAUAAAGAAGUUAUUAAUCGAAA